AUAAGCCCCGCCCCCUCGGCCCCUCCCCGCUGCUCAGAGCGGCGGCACCGAGACACCGAGCGGUCGCACCGGCACCGGCACCGGCACCGCCACCGGCACCGCCACAGCCGGCCGCCAUGGCCGAGUACCGCACUCUGCUGGAGGAGCUGUCCCGGAACAUCACAGCCGAGGACCUGGAGACGCUGAAAUCCGCCUGCAAGGAGGACAUCCCCAGCGGGGAGAGCGAGGCCAUCGCCACCGGGCAGCACUGGUUCCAGUUCCUGGAGAAACACAGCAAACUGGACCGGGACAACCUCUCCUACAUCGAGCACAUCUUCGAGAUCUCCCGCCGCCCCGACCUCCUGACCAUGGUGGUUCAGUACCGCACCCACGUCCUCAAGAUCUCCGAGGAGGACGAGGUGGACACCAAACUCACGCGUAUCCCCAGCGCCAAGAAGUACAAGGACAUCAUCCGGCAGCCCUCGGAAGAGGAGAUCAUCAAACUGGCCCCCCCACCCAAGAAAGCCUGAGGGGGCGUGAGGAGGAGGAGGAGGAGGAGGAGGAAGGCUGUGCCCCCCCCCCUGUGUGUGUCCCCCCCUUUCUGACCCCGGGAGGGGGGAGACGGGGGGCCGGCAUGGUCACUAACAAAGUCUUAACCCCCCCCCCCAAAAACAAAACCCCAAACCCCACGUCCGGGGCCGGCGGCUCUGCGUGUGUGUGCACGUGUGUGCACGUGUGUGCACGUGUGUGUGUGCGUGUGCUGGGGGGGGGGGCAGCGCUUUGCUAUUCCCAGGGGACCCCCCCAAGUCCUCACUGGGAGGGGGGACAACAGGAACACCCCCCCUCCCCUUCCUUCCCCUCCCCAGUCCAAGUUAUGGUUGGGAGGGGGGUGACAGGCACCGGGACCACCCCCAACCCCACUGUGAGAGGGGGGGGACACACAGCGCUGGGGACAGGGACCCCCCCUCCCCAGUGAGUGUGGGGGGGGGGCAGAGAAGGAAGGAUGGAGUAGGUCAGGAGGGAGGCAAGUGGUAGGGAUGAAUGGGGAGGGGUCUGUGGUGACCCCCCCCGGGAUGGAGGAUGCAGUGAGUUGGUCAGACCUCAGCCCUUGAGAAGGGGUUGGGGGGGGGGGCACCUCUGCAGUGUGUUCCCCCCCCCUCCCAGGGGGGCUGUGGUGGUGGUGGGGGGCUUAGGAGGUGACAAUUUGAGGGGGGGGCGAGGCAGUGGGAGCCCCUGUACGGGGGGGUGAGGUGCAAGGGGGGACCCAAGACCCCCCCCAGGAAUUGGGGAGGUCACUCUUGGAAGAAACCCCAUUAUGGGGGGAGGGAGGGGCAGAACUGGCAGCUCCCCCCCCCCCCAAAUAAACCAGCAAGAGGUUUCUUUGAGUUGGGGGUCUUUCCAUCCUUCCCCAGUGCCACACUGGGAGGGAGGGGACAGCAAACUGGGAACAGGGGCACAGUCGUUCCCCCCCCCCUCCCUCCCUUAGUGUGUGCGUGUGUGUGUGUGUGUGGGGGGGGGUCUUUUGGGGUUCAGCUCUUAGCUACUAACCUGGGGGGGUGGUGUUUAGUGAGGGGGGGGCACUGGAGAGAGUUUAUGUUAAUAUAUUUUAUUUAAUAAAAGCUAAAACCUGCAGAGUGCUGCGUGCAGCCGCCGGCUCUUGUGUCCCCACGUCUGUGUGUCCCCCCCCCCUGCUGUGUGUGUGUCCCCCCCCCCUCUUUAUUUAUUGUCUCCAGGGACCACAUUAUUUUCCCACUUCCAGAAAAAAAAAAAAAA